AUGGCGCGUCGCAAGCAAAUCACUCCCAUGCAGCGCAUCAACUCUGGCGAGGUCAUGCAGGCGCCCUCAGAUGUCCCCCAACAGCGCGCCGUCUACAGCAAUGGCGAUGUCCCUUCGCCGACUUCAAGUAAACCGACCUCACCUACCACCCAACCCCGACCGCAGACACAGACACAAACACAGCCGCCCCAACACCCGGGCCUCCUGACCCUCCUCGUCUGCGUCGGCGGCAUCUAUGCCUCGUUCCUGACCUGGGGUGUCCUGCAAGAACGCAUCACCACCACCCCAUAUCCGCUCACGUCUCCCGCCGCUGCCCAGCCGCAACAAGAAUACUUCCGCUUUCCCAUCGUCCUCAACACCAUCCAGGCCCUGCUGGCCUUCACGAGCGGGAGCCUGUACCUCUCCUACACGACCGGGCGCUUCAACAUUCUCCCCUCGUCCUCCUCUCUCCUGCCACUGAUGCUGGUGACGCUGACCACGACCCUCGCGUCUCCCUUCGGCUAUGCCUCCCUCGCUCACGUCGACUACCUCACGUUCGUCCUGGCGAAGUCGUGCAAGUUGCUGCCCGUCAUGGCGUUGCAUGUCGCCCUGUUCCGCAAACGAUACCCGCUGUCAAAAUACAUGAUCGUGCUGGCCGUGACCGGCGGCGUCGCGCUAUUUACCCUAUACCACCCUCCGAAGCCGGGGAAGUCACAGUCGACGCAGAACUCGAGUCUCUACGGGUUGACACUGCUGGGCAUUAAUUUGUUGUUUGACGGGCUGACGAACACGGUGCAAGACCACAUCUUCCAGUCCCCGCAACGCUACGGGAAGACAUCGGGCCCCCAGAUGAUGGUCAUCCUCAACCUGCUCGGCACGCUCCUGAUGGGCGCAUACCUCGUGGCGACACCUUACAUCCCGCCGGCGCUCGUGCCGCAGUUCGUGCGGACCGACACACACGAGCUGAGCCAGGCCAUUGCCUUCUUCCAGCGCCACCCGCCCGUGCUCACGGACGUGCUUCUCUUCUGCCUCUGCGGCGCCGUUGGCCAGCUCUUCAUCUACGCUACCCUGGAGCGGUUCUCCUCCCUGCUCCUCGUCACGGUGACAGUGACGAGGAAGAUGUUCACCAUGCUGCUCAGCGUCAUGUGGUUCGGCCACUCACUUACCAAGGGCCAGUGGAUGGGCAUUGGCCUGGUCUUUGGCGGCAUUGCCGCCGAGGCGUAUAUCCAAAAUCUAGAGAAGAAAGAGAGAGAUAGACGGAAGAAAUCGGCCGACAAGGCUAGAUAA